AGUGUGCUGCAGCAAUGUUACACAGGCUGGUCCAGCGAGUGCGAUGGAAUUACGCGAAGCCGCCCGCCAACGAGUCCAAUGAUGCCAAGUCACUGAAGUCCUGCGUCCGGAAGGUGCAGGGCCCCUCCCACUAUGAGGAGCUGCAGAGGAGGAGACUGCUGCAGAAACAGACAGGCAUCGCGGAAGAUCAGGCAACUCCUCCCACGCUGCUCGUUAAGGAGCUGCCAGAGCCGACAGAGGCGUGGGUGGAGGCGACGCCUGUGUCUCCCAGGCCGGGUGGUGUGGCCAUGAUCUUUAGGCGGCGCACGAUGAAGCUGCGACAGUGGCUGGGCGGAGCGCUGCGUCCAUCCUUGGGGCCAGCCCUGGUGGAAGGCUUUGAAGAUCCCAGCUCGGAGCCUCCGGACAAGCUGGACUCGGAAACGCGGAACCACUUCUUGGCCGCGUUUCUCACGGGAGAUCUCGAGGUGCUAGACCACUGCCUGCAGGCCUGCGCCAGUCAACAUGGCCAGCGCGCGUUCGUUGCCAUGGCCAAGGAGGGCGAGAUCACCCUGGCCCAGUGGCUGCGCGUGUUUCGAGCGACCGCGAUCAAGAAAACCCUCCAGGAGUUGGGAGACUGCUACGAGGAGGAGAGCCUCCAGCGCGCCUUCCUGCUGCUCCAGCGGCUCACAGCGCUGCCCAGGCAGCAGAUCGGUGAGGACCGCCCGGAGCGGAGCCGUGCAGAGCGUCCAGGUGGCAAGCGCUCCAUGCCGGUGGUGAUUUUCACAGACUUUGAGGAGGCGCGGCACCAGGUCUUCUGGUCCGAGGCGUUGGCGCAGCGCCUGGUUCGCGGAACUGCGGCGGAGGCGUUGGGCCGUGAGAGCGUCAGGCGGGCGCUGCCGGAGACGCUGGCCAAGGCGCUGGAUGGCCUCAGCCCCGCGCUGCGCCUUAGCCGGGCGGCGGCGAGGCACUGCCAGCGAGGCCUCUUCCAACAGGCGGGCCAGGAGCUGAGGCUCCUGUGGGCCUUGAGCGCUCUGGAGCCCCUGGAGCUGGCGAGCUCUUUGGGCGCGGCGCGGCACCUGGGCUACGUCAUCCGCUGCGCCGCCAGAGCCAUCCUGGCGGAAGGCGCCGACCCCGCUGCGCCCUGCGCUGUGGAUGAGGAGGAGACACUGCUGCUGGCUCUGAAGCUGGCACAGGAGCUGCAUAGACAGAGGCACCACAUGAAGGAGCCGCCGGCUUCGGACUCGGCGCUUUUCGGGGCUCUGGAGCCGCGGUCGCUGGUGCUGGCGCUGGCGGUGCUGGGGCCGUUGCUGGACCGAGAGCUCGUGACCCGGGGGGAGCAGCUCUGCGGGCCGGAGCUUUGGCAGCGCAUCGCCUCGCAGCUGCUGGGCGCUUGGCAGCUGCUGGAGGACCUGCCCGGCGCCGAGCUGCGGCCUCUCAUGGCCGACCUGGCGCGCCUGGCGGGCCUCGCCCCGCCUUGGGUACACGCUGGCCAGGCGCCUUUGGCGCUGCGGGUGGCGGCGGCGGCCAGUGGCAGCCAUCAGGCCAAGCUGAGCCAACACCUGGUGCGGCCAGCGCGGGUACCGCCGGAAGGCUUGGAAGCGCUGCUGAGCCCGGCACCGAAAAUGAGCGCCGCCGCCUCCAGGCGCGCGAAGCCGCUGAAGGCAGCACCAGGCACAGAACAGGCGCGGGACGCGCUGGAGAAGGUGAUCGCCAGCUUGGACGACGCAGAGGAGGCCGGCGCCAAAGGCUUCGCCCGGUGCGCGGUGCUCCAUGGGGUGCCCUUCCUGGCGGAGAGGCUGGCGAAGGACUUCCCAGGGUGCCUGGAUGUGGCCAAGCGCUUGCUGGCGCAGCUCAGGGCCCCGAUGCAGGAGGUCUGCCGGGAGAAGCCGGAGGCGGAAGGCUCGCAGCUUGGGAGGCGGCGGCAGGUCUGCGGCAGCGCGGUUUUGGAGGCCGAGCUUCGGGAGGUGCGGCGGUCCUGGAACGGCGAGAUGGAGGUGCAGUGGUUCGAGUUUCUUCGCCUCGCGGACAGCGAGGACGCCGAGCGCAGCGACCUGGACUCGGAGAUGGAGCUGUAGCCUCGCGCCCAAGGCACGGAUCACCUCAGAAUUCGGCAGCACGUCGUCGAAUUGCAGCUUGCGGGAGCCUGCGAAGGAACA